GCCGUUCCACGCGCUCUGCGCCGCGGUCUCCGCCACGGCGGUCGUGGUGAUGCUCACGGCGUCGGUCGUCGGUGCCCGGGAGCAAGGUGACACUGUCGAGGUCGGGGAGCGGGUGUUGGUGCGACUCAACGUGGCAGGGGAGGGCGGCGGGGUGGUGCUCUUCAUGAUGUGCGACAACAAAGCCUGCGGCAAGGUGGAGUGGUGGAGCGUCGAACCCUACAAGGAGCCCGCCAUCCGCUACAAGUCCUUUGUGAACUGUGACAGCGACGGUUGGGGCGGAACGCGAGUCGAUGGUAACGUUAACAAGGACAGCGACGUCAACAAGCAGUUUCCGGCUUCCACUCAGCUCCUCGUGACCCGGACCUCCGACGCGCUCCUCACCGUCCAGCUGUUCAACGGCCGCACCGCGAUGUCGGCUACUAAAGUGGCUCUCUCCAAAACCAUGAACCGGCUGUACAUCAAGAAACACCGGGAACUGCUCCUCUCCCGCGCCAACAUGACAUUCGAAUUCCUCGACCUCUACGAGUUCGACUCGUCCAUGUGCGCCAACGGAGGUGUGUUCGUCACAGAGACGAACUCUUGCGAGUGCGCGCACGGCUUCCACGGGUCGAACUGCGAGACAGGUGGGUAGGGUGCCAGGGUGCCUGCCGCCUCCCUGACCGAGCCUGCCGCCUGUCCUGCUGUGCCCUGCGACGGGCAUCGGAUGCACAAAUGAGUCUGAGGACGACUAGUAGUGGAGUGAGAUGCUCGCACCGGACCAGCCACCUCUCACUAACAG